AUGCCGACCAGAGUUCCUUCGUCUGAAAUGUUCUGUGCACUGAAAUCGGAGAACUUCCCACCGAAGACCAAGUUCACGGUGGAAAACAUCCCUGACCUGUCCAGCAAGGUCAUGAUUGUGACAGGGGGCAACACUGGCUUGGGUAAGGAGACCGUCAAACACCUGCUCACCCACAAUGCCAAGGUAUAUCUAGCGGCGCGCAGCCAGGUGAAGGCCGAGGACGCUAUCCGCGAGCUUCAUAAGGAAACUGGCAAGACAGCGAUUUUCCUCAAGCUCGACCUUGCGAACCUUAGCGCUAUUAAGGCCUCAGCGGAAGAUUUACUGAGUAAGGAGCCCGAGCUGCAUGUUCUCUUCAACAACGGAGGUGUAAUGACUCCCCCUGUCGAACAUCUGACCUCUGACGGCUAUGACCUGCAGUUCGGCACGAACACCCUCGGUCACUUCUACUUCACCAAGCUGCUGAUGCCGGCACUGUUGAGAGGCGCGCAAACAUCGUCGGAUGGCAAGGCACGUGUGGUGAACACAUCUUCUUCUGCCCUUUACUUCUCCACGCUCGACUUCGACACGUUCCGCGACGGGCCCGAGCGCCUCAAGAAAAGCACGACCCGGUUGUAUGCGCAGAGCAAAUUCGGUAAUACCGUCUUUGCGCACGAGCUGGCGCGGCGGUACGGUGGCCAGGGCAUCGUAUCAACGUCACUGACCCCCGGUGUCAUCAAGACAGACUUACAGCGCCACCUGCACGGCGUCAAGGCCUUCGUAGUUAACCUCACUGCGAAUCCGAUUCCUCAGGGCGCGCUGACGCAGCUGUAUGCGGGUACCCACCCUGAAGGCGCAGAGCUGAACGGGAAGUACCUCAUGCCCUUCGCGCGCGUCGUGCCUGUCCGCCCGGAGACGCUUGACGAGGAGACCGGAAAGAAGCUGUGGGACUGGCUUGAGGAGCAGGUUGAGGACAUGUGA